AUGGCGGACGUCGGAGAGAAAUCGCCGCCGAUAGCUGCGGAGGCCAAUCUGUUUGGCAAGUACGAGCUCGGGAAGCUUCUGGGCUACGGCGCUUUUGCGAAGGUGUACCACGCGAGAAAUGUGAGUACGGGUCAAAGCGUAGCCAUUAAAGUAGUCAGCAAGGCGAAGGUGAUGAAAGGGGGCUUCACGGCGCACAUUAAGAGGGAAAUCUCUAUCAUGCGCCGGUUGCGACAUGCGCAUAUAGUUAAGCUUCAUGAAGUUAUGGCCACAAAGACGAAGAUUUAUUUCGUGAUGGAGUAUGCAAAAGGAGGUGAAUUAUUUGCCAAGAUAUCGAAAGGAAGGUUCAGUGAAGAUCUCAGCCGUCGGUAUUUUCAACAGUUGAUCGCAGCCGUCGGCUACUGUCACGCUAGGGGUGUGUUCCACCGUGACUUGAAACCAGAGAAUCUCCUGCUCGACGAGAAUUGGGACCUGAAAGUUACGGAUUUCGGACUCAGUGCACUUAAGGAACAGAUCCGACCCGAUGGGCUGUUGCAUACCUUAUGCGGCACUCCGGCAUACGUGGCACCUGAAAUUUUGGCUAAGAAAGGUUACGAUGGAGCAAAGGUGGAUAUUUGGUCAUGUGGUGUCAUUUUGUUUGUUCUAAUUGCCGGUUAUUUGCCAUUUAAUGAUACGAAUUUGAUGGCAAUGUACCGUAAGAUUUAUAAAGGAGAAUAUCGGUGCCCGAAAUGGAUGUCUCCCGAUCUAAAGAGGUUUUUGUCUCGGUUUUUGGACACGAAUCCCGAAACAAGGAUCACCGUCGAUGAGAUUAUUAAGGAUCCAUGGUUUAAAAAGGGUUUUAAAGAGGAGAAAAAACUUUAUUUGGAGGAAUUCGAUUUUGAUAAAAAGUACGAGAACGAGGACGAGGGGGAAGAAGGUGAGAAUUUGGAGGACGAGAAAUCUUUAAAUGCAUUUGAUUUAAUUUCAUUCUCUUCCGGUUUCGAUUUGUCCGGUUUGUUCAACGAGUCCGAUACUUUGGUAUCGAGCGAGAGGUUUUUAUCGGCCGAGAAGCCGGAGAAGGUGAUGGAGCGAGUAGAGGAGGUUGCUAGAAAAGAAGGUUUAGAAGUUGCAAAGAGGAAAAAGUGGGGGGCUAAAUUGGAAGGGCGGAAUGGUAAUUUUUCCAUGAUUAUUGAGAUUAACUGGUUAACGGAUCAUCUGGUUAUGAUUGAAGUGAAGGAAAAAGAAGUUAAUUCGGGACAAGGACAGGAAACUUGGAAAAAUAAACUGAGACCGCAACUUCAGAGCUUGAUUUAUCAACCGGGACAGACUGUCUCCGGUAACCAACGGUGA